UGCAUGUCUCCUUCCCAGCUGCCUCCGGCAACCCGGUGCACCACAUCGCGCGACGUGUGCUCCGGCGCAUAUUCCUGGCCAGCCUGGGAGUCGCUGCAUGCAGAUUUGGUUUGCCUGGUCGCGUCGGCCUUGCUGGCCAGAGGAGAUCUACUGGACUACGUCCGCUUCCGUGCCGUCUGCGCGCACUGGCGAUCGGCCACGCUCUCUCCACGCGGCCGCGGGGUUGUUGAUCCGUGCUUCCAUCCACGCCGCUGGAUGAUGUUCCCAGAGGACCGUGGCCUUUACCCUGGACAUCCGGAGCUGGGUGGCUACAUCCGCUUCUUUAACCUAGACUCAGGUGCCUUUGUCCGCGUCUGUCUGCCAUUGUUCAGGAACCACUGUAUUCUUGAUUCUGUCUGUGGCCUCCUCCUCCUCCAGAGGGACAAGGACGCAGCCAUCCGUCUUCUACACCCUUUCACCCGUGACAUUGUUGAGCUUCCACGGCUCACCACUCUCGCCACACAAAUGCCCGGGGGAACAAAUUGGUCGCUCCAGCGGAUGAGAUUCAUCUCUACGUGUGCUUCGUUUGUUGCAGGAGUCGUCACUGUCUUGCUUACCUUUAAUAACUUUGAUGGUGUGGCUGUGGCUACCUCCCUAGACAUGCAAUGGACAAUGCUCAGUUGGGAAUGCCCAGCGUGGUCACAUCCGGUUUCAUUACACGGCAAGCUAUACGUGGUUGAUAUUCCAGAAAUCGAUGUGACGGGUGCACCAAUGAUUUUCGAGCUGGACGCAGCGUACCACCAUCGAGCCACACCAAAGCUGAUCUUCACAUGCCCCAGAGAGAAGCGCCUCUACUCGUGCUAUCUGGAACAAAGGACUAGAUUACCCAUCUACAGGUUGUAG